CCACUUUCAUUGAAAGGUUACGGUUAUCGAUAUGGUUAUGAACGGGUCUACUGCUACGAACCAAACCAACGAUAUCAUGAAAAGGCAUGAUAGUUAUGUCGCUACAGCGGCUGAGAAACUGAGACAACGAUUGGUUGAACUUCAAAGACAGCAACAGCAGAAUUCCUCUUCUCUUGAUGUGGAACAAAAGAAUCCAUUUUUGCCGGAUGAAAUACGGCAAUUGAAAGAACAGUUGAAAGCUCAAUUGGAACAAGCUGACAAAAACUACGCUACGAUGCAAUCGAAACACGUUGCCAACGGAUAUCAGGUAAAUGAAGUGAACGGGGAAACUGAAAAUGUAAGCAUAUCCACUCACUCCAGAGAACCAUUGUGGGAUAACAAAAAGGAGAUAAAUAACCAUGUCUCGAUAGAGUCAUUGGAAAAAGAGAUUGCUAUGCUUCGCGAGAGCCUUGCCAAGUAUCAAAAUAUGCAUCCACAAUCUAUAGAAAACAGAGACGCUAUAUCCGAUGCAAAAAAUAUAAGCGAACGUCGUCCUCAACAUAACAUUCUCGUCCAGCCUUCUUCUCCAUCGUUGUAUAACAAAUUGGGGAAUUCAAAAAGUGACGAUAAUGACCAACAGAUAAACAAAUCUCAUACGAAUGAAGGAAAAAGGAUUUCAAUAGAAAAUGCACAAAUGCGACUAUUACAAGCACAAGAAGAAUAUGAAAAGGCAUUGGAAAUGUUUAAAAUGGCUUCUCAAACGAAUCGAAAGACAACAGACUGCCAGACAAUAGAGAAUUCUUUGAAUAAUAGAAAGGAAUUUGACAAGCUACUUUGUCCUCUUCAUGAAUAUUUUAGUCUUUCAUCUCCUUACAUUUUGAAGCUGGAGUCUUAUCUCCAAUCAUCAGGAGAAGAAUGUUCGAAGCAGAUGACUCGUUUGGUUCAACACAGUGGUGUUCAAGAAAUCAAGGAAAUGUUGUUUUUUUGUGUGGACAAACUUAUUCAAAAAGAUGAAGAACAACAAGAAGAAGAAAAAGAGAUAAUGAGAUUGGAACAAACAUUGGAAAGAGUAAAAAUGGAGAACAAUGAAAAAAUUCAACAACAACAAGACAUAGAAAACAAACUGAGAGAUGAACUUGAGAAAUGUCAGACUGACUUGUCGAAAGCCGAGUUGGCUCUCGACGUCGCACUUUCAGAAAAACUUGUUUUAGAAAACCGUACUCCUGCAUUAGAGUUUUGCGAAACAUUAGAAACUAGGCUGGAAAAAUUAGAGACGCGUCGCAACAAACAUGAAAAAGAGCUUCAUCGUCAAAUAGCGGAAAAGAAUCAGGUGAUUGAAGAACUGAAGCGCCAAAUAUCCACCAAAGAUAAGGAAACAAACAGACUGUAUGCAGAAGUGCAGCAUUUAUUACAGAAUGUGGAGCAACUUCGUAGCGCAUGGACGAGGCAACAAAGAGAGUCAUUUCAUUCAAGGAAGAAAGUAUGAAAUCAUUUUCUGUUCAGGAUGAUUGCCAGCAAAGCUUUUGUGAAAUAUUUCAUUAGGAUUUCAAAAUAGUGAGGUUGCUGCAUUUC